CAUUGUAUUUGUCGAUGGAUUUUAAAUAUUCUUUUUUUUGUUGUAAGAAAAUUUAUCUCUAUAUAUAAAUCAUUACAGUGAUGUCCAUCCGAAUUAGGACAUGCGCUCAACGAUUCUUCUUCUAUAACUAAAAGAAUCUCUAAUUCUCUCUUUCUCUAUCUCUACUUCUCUCUUUCUCUUUCCGUGGAUCGAUGGCAGCUUCGGUUGAUCCUUUGGUGGUUGGAAGAGUGAUUGGAGAUGUGUUGGACAUGUACAUCCCCACUGCCAACAUGUCUGUCUACGUUGGCCCCAAACACAUCACUAACGGCUGCGAGAUCAAACCCUCCGCCGCAGUCAAGCCUCCCAAAGUCAACAUCUCCGGCAACCCUGAUGAGCUUUACACCCUCGUGAUGACUGACCCGGACGCACCUAGCCCGAGCGAGCCGAACAUGCGAGAAUGGGUCCAUUGGAUUGUCGUGGAUAUCCCCGGAGGCACCAAUCCAUCAAAAGGAAAGGAGAUACUGCCAUAUAUGGAACCGAAACCACCGGUGGGGAUUCACCGUUACAUAUUUGUACUUUUCCGGCAGAUCUCACCGGUGGGUUUGAUGGUGCAGCAGCCGCCGUCACGAGCCAAUUUCAGCACCCGAAUGUUCGCUGGUCAUCUCGAUCUUGGUUUACCUGUGGCAACUGUUUACUUCAAUGCCCAGAAAGAGCCAGCUUCAGGCAGACGUUAAUUCCAAUAAACAGACUAAAGAAUAACGAGGAGAGCCUUUUCAGGGUUUUUACCCAAAAACCGGACUGGAAAGAAAUGUGGUUUUUAUAUGUCAAACCAUAUUUUAUAUUAUUCCGGUUCUCGCUACAUAUCUAUAUAUGUCUAUGAUUAUACAAAUAUGUUUGUGUUUUUGUGUUACAUGAAGUUGUUUGCGUGUAAUAUAUGGUUUUCGUUGGUGUGA